GUCUCGGUCAUCAACACCGUGGACACCUCCCACGAGGACAUGAUCCACGAUGCCCAGAUGGAUUACUACGGCACUCGGUUAGCGACCUGUUCUUCAGACAGAUCCGUGAAAAUCUUUGAUGUUAGGAAUGGAGGGCAAAUCCUCAUCGCGGACCUGAGAGGGCACGAAGGUCCCGUGUGGCAGGUUGCCUGGGCCCAUCCUAUGUAUGGAAAUAUCUUGGCCUCCUGUUCCUACGACAGGAAGGUCAUUGUCUGGAAGGAAGAGAAUGGCACUUGGGAAAAGACAUACGAGUACACAGGGCACGACUCCUCAGUGAAUUCUGUCUGCUGGGCACCGCAUGACUAUGGACUGAUCCUGGCCUGCGGGAGCUCUGAUGGGGCCAUUUCCUUACUGAGCUACACAGGUGACGGGCAGUGGGAAGUCAAAAAGAUCAGCAAUGCACACACGAUUGGAUGUAACGCAGUUAGCUGGGCUCCUGCUGUUGUACCAGGAAGCCUUAUAGAACAACCAUCUGGUCAAAAACCGAACUACAUCAAAAGGUUUGCGUCUGGUGGCUGCGACAACCUGGUCAAGAUCUGGAAGGAAGAAGAUGGCCAGUGGAAAGAAGAGCAGAAGCUGGAGGCUCACAGUGACUGGGUUCGAGAUGUGGCCUGGGCUCCAUCUAUAGGCUUGCCAACAAGCACCAUUGCCAGCUGCUCACAGGAUGGGAGAGUGUUUAUCUGGACGUGUGAUGAUGCCUCUGGAAAUUCAUGGUCACCAAAGUUGCUGCACAAGUUCAACGAUGUUGUCUGGCAUGUGAGCUGGUCCAUUACUGCAAAUAUUCUCGCAGUGUCUGGGGGAGACAAUAAAGUCACGCUAUGGAAGGAAUCAGUGGACGGACUGUGGGCAUGCAUCAGCGACGUCAACAAGGGCCAAGGAGGGGUGUCUGCCGUCACGGAGGGGCAGCAGAAUGAGCAGUGAUGCACAAGUGAAUGUUCCAGCUGCAACAAGUGAUCACCAUACCUGAUUUGCAAUGGUUCUUGAACAGGAAGAGAACUGACUUUAUCUAAACUGGACACCAAACAUGGGAAACAAUUAUCCAAUCUUAUGAGCACUCUAACUAUUGCUGGGAGGCUACAAUGUUGAUAAUCGGCCUUAAUUGACAUUCCUUUAAAUUUAAAGUAAAAAACAUAGCAAAGUACUGUGCCUUAUACUACUCCUUGACACUGCAGAAAUUGUACCCUGCUUUUCUGGUUUAGGGAUCAAAUUUAAUUGGAU